AUGUUUACAAAAAAAAUUCUUGAAUAUAAUAUUCAACAUGGUUUUUAUUUUUUUUUUCGUAUUUCAUCUCAAACAGUUCCAUUUGCUAGUCAUUCUAUAUGUACAAUUGAUUGGGCGAAACAUUUUUCAUCAACAUUACGUCAAAUAGGUCAAUAUAUUAAAGAUAAUGAUUGUCGUAUUAGUAUGCAUCCAGAUCAAUUUUGUUUAAUUAAUGCUAAAGAUGUUAAUAUUAUUAAUAAAAGUAUUGCUGAACUUGAUUAUCAUUGUCGAUUAUUAGAUGAAAUGGAUUUAGAUUCAAAUGCUAAAAUACAAAUUCAUGUUGGAGGUGUAUAUGGUGAUAAAAAGGCAUCGAUGGAUCGAUUUAUUGAACAUUGUAAAACAAAAUUGAGUGAUUCUCUACGUCGACGUUUUGUUAUUGAAAAUGAUGAUCGAUUAUUUUCAGUAAAAGAUUGUCUUUAUAUUCAUGAACAUACAUGUAUACCAAUACUAUUUGAUAAUCUUCAUCAUGCUUGUUUAAAUAAUAGUGAAACAAUGAUUGAAGCUAUGAAACAAUGUUUUGCUGCAAGGCCUAAUGGUGCACAUGCCGAUCAUGUUGAUGAGAAAUAUUUUGAAUUAUUUAUAAGAGAAACAUGUGAUCUUCAAUUUGAUAUUAUGUUAGAAAUUAAAGAUAAAGAACAAAGUGCUAUUUUAGCAGUACCGUAUGCUGCUCGAGAACGUGUUCACGAUCAAUCAAUUGAUAUAGAUCCUGCAAAUUAUCGUUAUAUUUAUGAAAAUGCACAACAUUUACAAGAUGAAGUAAAUGAACAUAAACGAAAGUGUGCAGAAAAAAAAACGAUUAAAAAAAGCAAUGAAUGA